AUAUUCGUAUGUAUUCAUCUUUGAUUUCAAGUAAACUCUUUUGCUUGCUCGUCAGUGGCAAUUUAUCCUUUGGACAGCACCUAUAUGUCUACAUUUGUCUUGUGGUUUUCUUGGAUUCAGAUGUUUGCAUUACUCCCUUACAUGCUCAGGUAGGCGGACUUUAUAUUCCUGUUACUGCAAUGAAACCGUAUAACUUUGUAUUGCUUGCAUUAAGGUUUAAGGGGCUUGUUUGGGUUUCAUUUUGUCAGUGCGAGAUGGUGAAGCUUUAGAUCAGCAGAGUGAAAGACGGUGCAUUUCGGCGUUGAGGCUCUACCCACCAAGGGACGCUGUUGUCCAAUUUAACAAAUUCAGUGUUGUGAGUAAAACACUACCUCCCCCAUCGCCUGGGUUUAAAGGACAGGCUUGUUCUUGUAGAGGAAACACGGGUGAUAUACACUGCGGACUUACCGAUCGACAUAUAAACAGUGGUUUUCUACCUUUUUUCCCGAAUUGUUCCACGUCUUGUGUGUUGGACAUUCGAGGAGCACGAUCUCGCUAUACGCAGUGCGUCAUGGCUACUGUCGGAUUACUGCAGCAUUUUAAACGACGUCUUUUCUCUGGCUUGGUUUGGCCCACACGGUUAGUCGCCUAUUUUCUAUUUCUCACUUGUGUGGUGGAUUGCCAGAUUCGUUAUUCUCUUCCAGAGGAGAUGAAGAAGGGCUCCCUUAUCGGUAAUGUAGCACAGGAUCUGGGUUUGGAUGUGAAAAGGCUUCGCUCCGGCCGGGCCCGGAUUGUCACCGGAGAAAACACCCAGUACAUUGAACUGAGGGCAGACAAAGGGGUUUUAGCCGUGAACGAGAAAAUUGACCGGGAGCAGCUCUGUGGAGACGUGACACCGUGCAGCUUCAGCUUCGAAAUUAUUUUGGAAAAUCCAAUCGAGCUGCAUCGUGUAAUUGUGGAAAUACUGGAUGUAAAUGACCACUCGCCUGUGUUUCGAAAUAACCACGUUCGAAUGGAGAUAAGCGAAUCUGCUGUAAUUGGCUCUCGCUUUGUAUUGGAAAGUGCCGAUGACCCGGACGUAGGACUCAAUGGACUGCAAGAAUACGUUUUAAGCACGAGUGACAAUUUUGUCCUGAAACAACACGCCAACCCAGACGGCAGUAAAUUUGCAGAACUUAUCCUGCAGAAACCGCUCGACAGAGAGCAGCAACCCCGGCUCUCCUUUAAACUGAUAGCAGUGGACGGCGGAACACCGCAGAGAUCUGGUACAGUAAAUAUUGAUAUCACAGUGUUAGAUGUCAAUGAUAAUCCUCCUGUAUUUAAUCAGUCUAUAUACAGGGCUACUGUAUUAGAAAGCGCUACACCAGGGACUCACAUUAUAGGCGUAAACGCUACAGACGCUGACAGUGGAUCAAACGGUGUAGUGACUUAUGCAUUUUCUAAUUUAAAAGGAAACGUUGCUAACAUGUUCACCAUCGACAAGAACACAGGCACAAUAACGGUUUCUGGACAAAUAGAUUAUGAAAAAGACAAAAAACAUGAAAUAAGAAUUGAAGCUAAAGACCAAGGAGGAUUAACGGAUCUCAGUAAGGUAAUAAUUGAUAUUGUAGAUGUCAACGAUAACGCGCCGAUAAUAAGCGUCAUGUCCUUUUCUAGUCCUCUUUCUGAGGAUGCUCCAGUAGGCUCGACUGUAGCUGUCUUCAAUGCUAAAGACGCAGAUUCUGAAAGUAACGGGCAAAUCAUGUGCACCAUGGAUAGACACUUACCGUUCAAAAUAAAGUCAUCCAUGACUGAUUACUACUCGUUGGUGUCAGAUGAAGCUUUCGAUCGUGAAAAAACACCAGAAUACAACAUUACUAUAACUGCGACAGAUUCAGGUUCCCCUCCCAUGUCAAGUGACAUGAAGUUGCAUCUUACGAUUUCUGACAUUAAUGACAAUCCUCCGCUGUUUGAUAAAAUUAAAUAUGAUGCUCAACUCACGGAAAAUAAUCCCCAUGGAAUGUCAAUAAUCACUGUCACCGCGACCGACUCCGAUUCGAAUCAAAACGCAAGAAUCUCGUAUCUUCUAGAAGACACACAGGUCAAUGGAAGUCCAGUUUCCACAUAUGUGGCGUUAAAUUCUGAAACUGGAGUUCUUAGUACGGUUCGCUCCUUUGACUAUGAGCAGAUUAAACAUCUUGAGUUAGUCGUCAAAGCUCAGGACGGAGGCUCUCCUCCUCUCAGUAGUAACGUGACAGUGAAAGUACUGAUCCAGGACCAGAACGACAACCCCCCUCAGGUCCUGUACCCAGUCCAGACUGGUGGCUCUCUGGUGGCUGAGAUGGUGCCUCGUUCAGCAGAUGUGGGCUAUCUGGUCACUAAAGUGGUGGCUGUUGAUGUGGACUCUGGACAGAAUGCCUGGCUCUCCUACAAACUGCAGAGAGCCACCGACAGGGCGCUGUUUGAAGUGGGCUCACAGAAUGGAGAAAUCAGAACGAUCCGUCAAGUGACUGAUAAAGAUGCAGUGAAACAGAGACUGACUGUGAUAGUGGAGGACAACGGGCAGCCCUCUCGUUCAGCUACAGUCGUUGUUAACGUGGCGGUGGCAGACAGCUUCCCUGAAGUGCUGUCGGAGUUCACUGACUUUACGCACGACAAGGAGUACAACGACAACCUGACUUUUUACUUAGUGUUGGCUCUGGCUGUAGUCUCCUUCCUCUUCAUCACGUGUCUAGUGGUUAUUAUCUCAGUGAAGAUCUACAGGUGGAGACAGUCUCGCGUCCUGUAUCACUCCAAUCUCCCUGUGAUUCCAUAUUAUCCACCACGUUACUCGGACACUUUGGGGACAGGGACUCUCCAACACGUGUACAACUACGAGGUGUGCAGGACGACUGACUCCAGAAAGAGUGACUGUAAGUUCGGCAGAGCUGGUAGUCAGAACGUGCUGAUCAUGGAGCCCAGUUCUACAGGGACGAUGCAGAGGAUGCAGAGUGAAACGAGCAUCCUGGAUGAACCUGACUCUCCUCUAGAGGUGAGUUAAAUGAUGCAGACUUGU